AAAACAUCCCAGCUCAUCCAGCACCCUGUUCAAUCUCACUGGUCCGAUGACAAUAAAUAAAUAAAUGAGAAAAUAAACAUUGAGAAAGCGUCCACGAGCAGAACAAAGAGUGGACUGUAGUGCGGUGAAGCCCGCUGUUGUGUGUUUUCAGCACAGUAACCCUCUGCACCCCCGCCCCGUCUCCGCCGCCUCCUUCUCAUUUGCUGCCGCUGCCUUUUCAUCCCGCCUGUGUGCGCCGCAUCCAUACCAACAUCCCCCUCACUCAUUCACCACAUGUCCCCGCUGCUCUCAACACCGGCUCCGAUCGGACUCGAUUGCCUUAAAUCGCCUCAAAAAACAAACAAACAAACUGGGGGGAUGAUCCUGUGACCGACAGCCGAUCGGCGCUCUGACGGGUACUGUUGCUCCUCAACCUAGAAGACCUCCUCUCUGAUCAUCUCCCACACACUCUUGGCAUGCAGGAGGUGUAACCCUCCACCUUCUUCUUUCUUGUGCACCAUCGGAGGACACCUAAAAUAAAGAAGAGGAAGAAGAAGUUAAAAAAAAAAGACCAAAAACUUCUACCCGUAACCAGCUAAGAUGUCAGAACCUGAUGCCUCCUCACCGGCAGACCCUCCGCUGCCGCUCACCUCGCCCCGGACCCCCCUGCAGCUGUCCUUCCCCUUCCUGAGGGAGGGCAGCCGGGUCUGGGAGAGGGAGCGGAAACCUCCACAGCCUGGAGAGCUGCCCAGCCCGCUGCCCACCAAACGCACCCGCACAUACUCAGCGACAGUGCGAGCCAGAUCAGGUCCAGUAUUUAAAGGGGUGUGUAAAAACUUCUCCAGGUCUCAGGGUCAUGGAUUCAUACGCCCCUCUCGUGGAGGAGAGGACAUCUUUGUCCACAUCUCUGACAUUGAGGGAGAGUACGUGCCUAUGGAGGGGGACGAGGUCACGUACAAGGUGUGCCCCAUCCCCCCCAAGAACCAGAAGAUCCAGGCAGUCGACGUGGUGAUCACCCACCUGAAUCCAGGCACCAAGCACGAGACCUGGUCAGGUCAGAUCAUCAGCUCCUAGACCAGCGCUCCGGGCCGCAAGACUGCAAAGGCAAAGGCGGAUUUAUAUGUCAUUUUAGGUUUUUUAUGUUUUCAGUUGUGAGAUCUGGGGAACAGGGAUCGGAGCUCGGCGUACAGCAGAGCUCAGCCUGUGGUAGCUCGGUUAUAGAAGGGUGAACGUUUGAGUACAGAGGUUGGCGUUGAAUGUAUCUGUUUGAAUGUUUUCCUUUUGAAGGUCAUUAGUUGGGUUUGGAUGUUUAAGUUAGGGUUUGAAGGUUUUGUCAGGGCUUUGUGCUAGCAUUUAAUUUCACCAUAGGAAAUAUAUUUUAGUCUGGAAUCAGCGGUCGCUCAAGAAGAAGCGAUAUUUGGGAUGUUGAAGAGGCCGAACCACAUUUUGAGAAAUUUGACCCAGUUUAGCAAUCACGCAGCUCCACGGUCACAUCACAGACAGGAAACUUUCAAGGGACCAACUCAGUGGAGUUCUGAAUUGAAACCCUAAACGCCUAGGCAACUAACGGAUGUGAUUUACGUGCCGCCACUGCCAAAAGUCAUGUGACAAACAUCUGAUUAAAGUAGAGUAUAGCCAUAUUGUGUCUGUGUUUACAGUGACAGAUGGAGAUGUUUGCCUCACAUCAGAACAUCAAAUCAAAAGGAAAUACAAGAAAAAUACACUUGUUUCUGUCGUUUAUGAUCUGCCUCGGCUCAACAUGGAAGGAUCUGCCUUCAUCUUACUGCCUUCAGAAAAUUUGAACAUUUUCAAGGUUGUUUCACGCACCACGCGAGCUAGUGUGUGGCUGCCAAAUGAAAACAAUGAAUGCACUUAACAGUGGAGAGUCAGUCUGACAAAGAUCCAAAUGGCUCUUAAUGUGCUCCGGCCUCAGGAGCUGUGGUAAGCUCCACAUAUAAGGAAUUAUUUUCCUUCUUAAUAUUGUAGCACUACUGUAUUUUGUCUAUUCUGCAAAUGUAGAAAUCCAGUGAUCUUGUAGCCAACUCCUAUGACGGUCCUAAGUUUUGGUGGUAGAGACAAUAGCUGGAAGUUGUGAGGGCCUGCCACUGGGAAACCAGGCCAGAGGGUUUGGGGUCAGGGAAGGAAACAGAGAAAAAGAAGAGGAAGGUAAGGGAAGGGAACAGGCAGAGGAUAGAGUGAUUACCUGUAGAUGUACUUGAGCUCAAACACAGCUUGAUUGGAAAUGUCGUAAAGCACGUGCAAGAGGGAAGACGAUGAAUGAAAAUCGGCAGUUCUCAGCCUAUUGGUUGUCAGGUUAACUUGAUAACAUAAAGAAAUAGUUAAGCAUUUGGGGAAAUAUGCUAAUUCUCCACCUUGCCAAGAGUUCGAAGAGAAAAUUGAGACCACAUACCUGCGUGCAAAAUAUGAAGCUACCACUAGCAGCCAGUUAGCUUAGCAUAGCUUAGCUUAGCUUUGCUCAAAGACUGGAAAUGGAGAAGUAGCUAGCCUGGCUUUGUACCAGUACCAGUGUAAAAACAACAGUCUUUAGGCUAAGUUAAACUAACUGCCUGCUAGCUGUAGCUUCAUAUUGACCAUACAGCCAUGGGAGUGUUAUCAAUCGUUUCUUGUUCCUCUUGUCAAAAAUUAAUAUGUAUAUUCCCCAACUGUUUAACUUCUCCUUCAAAUCAUUUACAAAGCUUUAUCAUUUUGAAGAUAAAGCUUUAAUGGCCACGUUUUUGUUUUUUUGUUUUUUCAUUCUUGUGAUAAAUGACUCCCUCUUGUGAAAUGCUGUAUUUCUUAUUUUUUGUGGUGCGAUAUGUAAGAAUGGUCCUUAAAAAUGUAAAUUAACCAAGAUUUUCAACAGAACGUGAGGAAAUAUUAGUUUUGAUGUUUUAUAUUGUGUUGCAAGAUAUCCAAUGAAGUUAGCAUGCUAACCAGCUAGCCCCGGCAGUACAAGGCUCCUUUACUCUGAGGUCCAAGUCUAGCUACACUGCUAACUGAGCAGUUAGCAGUUACUCUGGUGAUACGCUGCACCCUCCUUGUUUUGGAUAUGAAUUCAACAAGUGACCAAUUCUUACACAGUGCACCUUUGAUAUAGACCAAGUAAAUGAAACUGAUACAGGGAAAUAAGCAUCACCGCAUCAAAUUUAAGCUCAGGAGGAUGAACUGCUGAUUUUUAGGUGGAAGGUUGUUGACCGGGGAGUCCAGUAAGUUUCAUUGCAUCAUGGCAAAUGACUGUGAAAUUAAAAAAACUAAAAAAACAAAACAAAAAAAAAACCCAGAGCAGCAAAAGCUUCCUGAUGUAAUUUUAAAAAGACUAUUUAUUUAUUGACUUAUUUAUUUUCAUUUGUAACUAUGAAACCAUCAGGUGUUUGGUAAUCAAAAGCUGCAUUUAUAAGUAUUUGUGCAAAUGUAAGCCUAAGUGAAUACACUGCACACCUCACUCUAAUGAUACUACCCUGUUAAUACCCCUUUGCUACUGUUGUGUCAAUGUUGACAGGGAAGAAGAAGAAGAAGCAAACCUUCCACCUUUCCGUACACAAGUUUCUAAUUUCUACAUAAUCCUUGUCUAAUUUUUAAUAACUAAGUGAUGUUCAGGACAACAAGCAGUCUCGCUGUCUUGGAAAUGGGCAUGUUCCGUAGCGUUUGUCGUAAUUUGUAUGUAGAAUGUGUUGAUUCUGUUUCUUCAUGCAGUAACACGGUCGGAGCCUUCAGAGGAGCGUCUUCAGGUCUCCUAUGCAUCUUUGAUUUCUCACCAUGACUGUGACUUAACACCAUUGUAACACUGUAUCUGUUUGGUUUCCUUGCUGUGAGAGAAAUGAGUUUGAUUGAGUUCGCAAGCACUUUUUAUUUUUUUUCAAAUCACUGUGACACUGUCUUUUGCCAUUAAGAAAUAGUUUGAAUAAAACUUACUACUGUAUUCA